GGUUCACCACCUAAAAAAAAAAUUAAAGGUUUCCCACGACUUCUCCUGAUUCUGAGCUUGUCACGAGGGGGAAUUGGGUGAGCUGUUUCUGGGCCGUCGUUGAGAGGAUUUCUCCUGCUUGCUUCCCGCAUUGGCAUUUUCCCUGUCCUGUGUCGCUUGUGGUUUGAAUAAGCAUCUUCCCCCUCGAGGGCGAUUUGCCUACCCACGCUCGUUAUCAACCGCCCCUGGUUUGCUUCACACGCUCCUUAUGAUCUUCGAAGGUCCAGCUCCAUGAAAGGAGCCACUGGCUUUGGUUGUCUUCUCUCAGACCACCCUCUGUUGUUUUGAUUCGUAGCAUACGAGAGCCGUCCUCCAACCGAUCGAUCGCCUCUACAGCCGACUCUGUCCAGCUGUUCGACGUCUCUUCCCUUACGAGCAUUGGACAUACAACACACUGUCUCUUCUAGAAAUUGCCAUAGAAUGUCUGAAACGCCGCAACCCAUUGCCGAGGGCAAUCAGCCCAAGGCUGUAAAAGACAAAAACUGCGAAUACUGCGGCCAGGCCUUCACCUCGUCAUCUCUCGGUCGACAUCUUGAUCUCUAUAUCAAGGACAAGAACCCCAAGCCACCGGAUGGCAUCCACGAUGUGGACGCUAUCCGGAAGCUCCGUGGCAACAUCACUCGGCGCCAACCCCGAGGUUCUUUAGGCGCUCGAAGAGACAAUUCAACCCCUGGCAGCACGCCGAAACCAACAGCAGGGAAGUUGGCGCCUGGACAAGACUCAGAUGGCUUCAAAUCCUCUUUAUCAAAAGAUGGGCAAUACGCCGCUGACUCAGCUGCUAACAAAUAUCCUUAUGCUGCUUCUUGGGAAGCUACUGGCGUAAUGAAUGACCUCUCUGGCAAAAAUGGUUGGGACGGCAGUGCUCCUCAAGAUGCUAACAAGCGCUCUGGCCUCUCGAGAAAUGUUAGCAAGCAGAUGGCACAGAAGGCCCAGUUCGACAUCAGACAAAAGCUGACAGAUGCAAUGGAUACUGCAAAGGCUGCUGAGCUGGCACUAAGGGAACUGGUAAGCUCUUGGCGGGCUGCAAAACAACAGGUUAAUGGCAACUCCACGCCUUUUGAUUUCGAUCCCCAUGCUCUGGACUUCCCGGCCCUUACUCUCCAAUGUCUCCAGCCGCCCCCUACAUUGUUCUCUUCAACCCAACACCCUACAUCCACAUCCUGGUCUGUACAGUCACCUGGUGAGCGUGAAUAUGUUGCACUUCAAGCAUUCUUCCAAGAAAAAUUCAAGACAUGGAAAAUUACAUGCGCUUCCGCUACGACCGCCGUAAUAGAAGAGAUGGCGUACCCUCCAGUGGGUGGACCGUAUAGAGAUGCGAGAGAAGCUGUAAAACAGGCCGAGCAAACGGCAGAGAGGCUUGAAAAUUCAGUCAAUGAACACCUACAGUCUGCGUAUGCAGUCUGGGAAGCUUUGUCUGCUCAACGAAGAAGUGACCUCUGGAUCCUGGAGCUGGCGCGGGGAGUGAGCCGCAAGCAUAAGGAAAUGGACAAGAUGAAAGAGCAGCAGCAUAGGCUCAAACAAGAGAACGCGAAUCUGAAAUCACACAUCGAUCAGCUUAAUCGGCUGCAACAGCCGAGAGAAUACAAGGUGCUCUCACCAUCCACCAUUCCUCUGGAUCGAGAUACCAUUGCGUAUGCCUAUGAGCAGAGUGUUAUGGGGAGUAAGCUUGUUGGCUAUGAGCUAGAGGAUCGGCAUCUGGACUUGAACGCCGUUGUAGCCAAGUCAAUAGAAAGAUGGAAGAGUGUCAUUGCAUCAACCCGCGUUGCAGCUAGCGGGAUGCCUGCGCAGCGACCUCUUGAGCAGACGGCAGCUCAGACCCCUGCAGGGAACAGCCAAAGUAGUUCAUCGGAGCCUCAGAGCGCGGUUCAAACACCACAGUUGACUCAGCCGCAACCAGUGCAGAUUGACAAGAGGCUUUCAAACGCAAGCUCAAACGGACCGGCAAGCGAACAGAGUGCACCCUCUGCCACUAAUACGGGGCCGCCGUCAGUCGAAGAAACGAGCGACCAAGAUGCCGAUGCCGAGAUGGAGGAUGAUGAUAGCUUUGCUAUGAUCCAAUCUCCUAUUAAGUCAACGCAUCCACCCAUACAGCAGCGAGCACAGCUUGAUGUUGCUCGAGCCCAAGCUCCUAUGGCCCAGCAACAGCAACAGCAACAACAACAACCACAGCAGCAGAUCCAACAAGCCCAGCAGCAGAUCCAACAACAGGUUCAACAACAGGUUCAACAACAGGUUCAGCAGCAGGUUCAACAGCAAGUCCAACAACAAGUCCAACAACAAGUCCACCAACAGGUUCAACAACAAGUACAGCAGCAGCAGGCUCAGCAGCACCAAGCCCAACAACGCAAUGCGACAGCGGAUAUGCGUUUCAUGAUGCAAAAUGGGGCCGGUAGCCCUGCGAGCAGAGCUGCUAUGGCUUCUAUGAACCGUUCUAUGCCGAAUAUGAACAUGGCAGCAAUGCAAGCUAAUGCAAUGCACGGCGGAGAUAUGAGCAUAGCAAUGCAGGGAGUCCGCGGCGAUAUGUAUUUGGAAUAACAAUGUCGACGGGAAAGAGACAUGGGAAGAGGGCGUAUUUUCGGACGGUUAAUAGAAAGGUCUUUUUUUUUUUUUUUUUUUUACACGGCUAUACACUGGUCGUCAUCG